AUGUUGCUAGCGACCUUCGUAAUAAUUGGCCUGCCUUCCGCAAACUCCCUAAGCAAAAGGAGGGACAACGGCAGCGGCACCGGCGGGCCUGGCGGGAACGACGGGGGCGGCGGGAGCGGUGGGAGCGGUGGGAGCGGAGGGGGAGGCAGGGGCGCACCUACCCGAAGCAGACCGCUCGUCGUAUUUUCCGUUACCUCGGCUCAAGUCUUCGACUAUACGGUCGGUAAAAUGGGUGCCCCUAAUGAGACGAUCUAUCGGGAUCCCUGGGCGAAGAGGGAAGCCUGGCGUCGACAUCCAGUAUUUUCAAGAAGAACCCAGAUCAAGAACAUGUUCCCGGGAUUCGGGCUAGCUCUGAUCGCAUUCUCGGGAUACGUGGCAUGGGACAACCUGUCCUCGCCGAACUCGAAGACGAUCCAGGAGCUCCGGAAGCAGUCGGAGGAGCAGAUCAAGCACAAGGACAGCUUGCUCGGCUGGGUCACUGGCCAGGGCGACAAGAAAUAA